UUUCAUUUCUUUUGUGGUAAGCUGAGGCCGGAUAAUUUUUAUUUCAAUUAUUACAGAGGCAGCUGGUAGAAAUGUGAGCCAAAGUACAGGUCUAGUAAUGUUUAACUCUUCUGUAGUUAAUCUGGUCAUCCUUAUACAGAAAUAACUGGGAGCGAUGUUACUUGUCUGUGGGCAGUCCCAGAAAGAGUUAAAUUUAACUAAUGAGUGGUUAAAACUGUAUUGCGUGAAACUUACUUUUUUUUUUUUUUUGGAUGCAGAGCAAGGUGAUACUUGUGCUGACGUUCUAACUUAACAGCUUUUUAUGGGGGAAACAAGUUAAUUCCUUGCUGAGUGGACUUUACCAAAACAGUGUCUGUGCUAGUACUUGAAAACAAAUUUGUGUAAAAUCAAGUGCCUAGCAAGCUGUCAGGAUUUUUGAUGUGUAACUUAGCUGCAAGUCUGUUUUCUUCUUUGGCAUGAGGAAUUGUAGUUUUACUUUAAACUGAACGGAUUAUGAACAGUGCGAGUACUGGUGUUGCCAGUUUAGCAGCGACUUUAACAUACAGCACUCCAGUUCAGUGACAAUCCCUGUCUGCAUUUAGUGUCUCCUGAGGCUACAGGCGGGUGUUUGAGGAGUACAUGCGGGUUAUUAGCCAGCGGUACCCAGACAUCCGAAUUGAAGGGGAGAACUACCUUCCUCAACCUAUAUAUAGGCACAUAGCAUCCUUCCUGUCUGUCUUCAAACUAGUAUUAAUAGGCUUAAUAAUCGUUGGCAAGGAUCCAUUUGCUUUCUUCGGCAUGCAAGCUCCAAGCAUCUGGCAGUGGGGCCAAGAAAAUAAGGUUUAUGCUUGUAUGAUGGUCUUCUUCCUGAGCAACAUGAUUGAGAACCAGUGUAUGUCAACAGGUGCAUUUGAAAUAACUUUGAAUGAUGUUCCAGUGUGGUCUAAGCUAGAGUCUGGCCACCUUCCUUCCAUGCAGCAGCUUGUACAAAUUCUUGAUAAUGAAAUGAAGCUCAAUGUGCACAUGGAGUCAAUGCCUCAUCAUCGAUCAUAGCCCCAUCUAUCAGCACUGAAACUUCUUGCAUUAAGUGGCGAUUUCCAAAGGCAGCGUGGCUCAGACCCAUGAAGGCCUGUACUGAAGACAGCACGCUGUUAGUACAGACUGGAUGCUUCUCUCGCAGCCACGUUGUGCCUCCUGAAAAAAAACUUAAUGAAAGACCUCUUUCAGUGCUGGCGUGUUCCAGAUACUGCACAUUCAUGGAGUGCAAUAAUACUGUAUAGUUUUUUUAAGAUUUCAUUCGACCAGUUCAUAGCUCAACAAUGCAGGCAUUACUAAUUGUAACUUAUUUUAUAUUCAUGUUUCACACAAUGGCAGAUUGAGUUGAUAUCUAAUUUUUCCUCGGGGGGAAAAAGGUUUGUUUAAUCCGUUCUAUUUUAUAUGAAUUUACGUUCUUUUUGUAGUUUAAAAUGAAGUUAUAGGAGUGUCUGAUAUUGUCCUAAGUAAUUGACAGCUGUCUAUCAAAUAUCGCUAAUGUGGUUAAAGCAGGUUUGUAUAUUUUUCAAAAUAUAUGGCAGAGUUGAACAGUGCAUUAUAUGCUAAAUUAUAUAAACAAAAUUAUAUGCAGAGUAGUUGCAUUGUUUUGUGACUUCAGUAAAAAUUAAGAUCAGCUGCUCUUUAAAUUGUGUUGGCCAGCUCAAGAGGUUUUUCCUUGACCAUUCUGAAGAGAUGAAAAGCUGGGCCUUUCUACUGUCCUAAAGAGAAACUAAGAAAGUUAAUUUAAAUAAAGAGUUCUCAUUUACUGUGUGAAGUACCUUGUUUGAGUCACUGGAUAUUCUUAGAAUUGCAAUUGAAAAAAUGCAUAAAAAGCCUACUUUCCAAAGUCA